CACACGCGUGAAAGUGUAACAGCCUACAACGUUUUUUUUUUUGGUUGUUUAGUGAAAAGAAUAGAACCGUGUGAUUUAUGCUGCUAGUCGGAAUCAGAUCAAUCGGUCGAAGAGGACAGCAUGCAGCCUAUUUGUCGAUGAAAGGGAAGAAAGCGCGGGUACCAUCAUAGGACAACAGACCGCAGUUGUUCUCGUUCUUGUUCCUUUCUCUGUUCGGUAACUGAUCUGGACGUGCCUUUUUAGAAGCGAGAAAACGUGAAUGACAGUAACAACGACAACCAGUGGUGUGUGACCAAAUAAAAAAAAAUACGUGAGAAGUGCAGGGAUUAAAUGGUUGCGUGAUUUUGGUUAAGUGAACCCGUAUAAUUUUUGUCACCGACGACGACGACAACGAAGGGAAAGAAUGAGAGAAAUGUGACAAAAAAAAAACGUGUCGAAAGGGAAUAAUUGUAAAUGAAAACUGUUGAAUGGUGAUUAAUUACGGAGAUCCACUUCCUUCCGACGAUAGCAGAAGAAUUGUAACUGAAAAUAAUGUGGUGGCCCAUGACAUAAAAAGUGACCAAAUCAAUCUAAAUAAAUUAAGUUAUUAAGAUACUGUGAUAGCAUUUUAUAUUCAUCACCCAAAAUACAAUAUAGAGAUCGCAGCCAAUUUAGAAUCACUACCGCUAAAACAGAUUAAAAAAUUUCGCAUCAACAAAACGCAAUGGAUUCGAUCGUUAGCAUCAGUGCCAAACAUUCAUUCAACUGGAUCUCCGCGACGCUGCUCGUAGCCACCCUCCUCCGACCGUUCGCCCUCUGCGGUCAACAGUUCAGAAGCGUACCCACGACGGUCAAAACGUACGAGAACGAAACCGUCCUGCUUCCAUGCUACCACAAUUCGCCGUACCGGUACGUUCGAUGGUCACGGGACAAUAUGCUACUGGUCGAUUCGAGAUAUCCAGAGUUAACACCUCCGCCGCGGAUUCAAAUGUGGACCAACGGAAGCCUGGAGGUGAGCCAGGUGCAGAUGGACGACACCGGAGACUACCAGUGUGAAAUCAUAACCGGAAGCGGAAAGGCAGUCCAGAAGCAUGCCAUCGAAGUACAGUAUCCUCCAAACAUACUGAUGUAUCCGUCGGACCGAGUCGAAGUUAAAGUUGGUCAAAUUCUGGAGAUCAUUUGCGACGUCACAGGAAUUCCACAGCCAUACGUCACGUGGAGUUUCAGAAAUGAUAACGCUAGUGCUACCUUUGACAAUAGUCGAAAAAUGAGCGUACUGAUCGAGGACAAAGACUUUGCCGGUCCAAUCGAAUGCUCCGCGACCAACGGAGUUGGCGAACCAGUCAGUGUAGUCCUAGAAGUGUUUGUUAAUUUCAUACCGGAAGUCACCGUCAAAACGACACCCGUCCACACAAAGAUCGGUCAAAAUGCUCAACUGGAGUGCAUCGUUACAUCCGCCCCGACUGCUGCCGUCCAUUGGUUCCGUAACGGGUUGCCCCUGCCAUCUGAUCGACGAUUCAUGAAACAGGACAGUAUCGUCAGCACACCGCAGUACCACACCAUCUACCGGCACGUUCUCGUCAUUCGGAACGUAAAAGACGUUGACCUGGGUCAAUACGAAUGCAAAGCUGAAAACAAGAUCGGAAUUAAGGGAGCUCACCUCGAGCUGACGGGUCGGCCGAUGCCGGCCUUAUUCAAACCUUCUGCUGAAAUGUCUUCACCUUCGACGCACAACCUCGUAUGGCAGGUGGAGAGCUUCUCGACCGUAAUCGAAUACAAGUUAAAAUUCCGCAAGAUUCCAUCGGGAAACGUUACGCCAAACAAGCGAUAUCCGAAUCUUCCCUGGAGUGAGCUGAUUAUACCGUCGGAUGGAUCUUCCGGUCCGUUGUACAGUACCGGCUACACGCUACAGGGACUCGAGCCUGCCAGCGUGUACGAGGUUGAGGUGUUGGCCAGGAAUCGCUAUGGGUGGAGCGUUGUUAGUAACAUAUUAAGAUUUGCUACCGGCGGUGAAGUUGAACUGAUGGACGUGGGAUACCAAACAACGGAAACCAUUGACUAUCCAAGCGAGAGUGAAUAUCCCAGCAUAACGGAUAAUGAGAUCACCAAUGAGGUGACUGACUAUAAAGGUUUAUACGGCGCUAACCUGAACAGUGGAAUCGUUUCCGGUCAGAACAUUGAGCUUCUCUGUGUGCUAUUGUUUUUGUACAGUGUGUAUGUGUAUGUAACAUAGAACUAGA